AUGUCUGCUCUCUAUCUGUCAAAGGUGGCACCUCAGGAAUCAACACAGAGUCUUUUAAAACCGGCACAAGAUCAGCUAUCUGAAUCUGGGAAAGGAGCCAAACUAACCAAGGACUCAAUGAUGAGAACAUUGCUUUGUUCUUCAAAGAUGGCCGAAGAUUCCCAACAGAGCAAAGAUGACCUCCCUCCACUUCCUUCAACCAGACAUCAGCCAGGAACGGAAGACUUCUCUGGGGCACAUUUCCAACGGCCCAGGCCAUCCCAGUUCUCCAAAGGAAAUUUAUACCAACAGCGGCAGAAAUGUGAGCUGAGGAGACUUCUGAAGCACACUCACCCAGAGCUGAAGAUGUUGGAUGACGUUGUGGACGAGGAGCUUGCUGAGGUUUUGAGCUCAGAUACUGGGGUGACAACUGGCGGAACUGGAUACGAGGGAGAGGUCCUUUCAAGAUGCUUGAUAUUUGAGAACUGUACCUUGGGUGACAAAGUAUCUCCUUGCACCCCCAAGAGACAGAUGGCAGAGGGAACAAGGGAAAGAGGUGAUGUCAGUAAAACAUCAGCUGUAACUGAGGAACAGGAAGAAAGCCCAUGUAGUGAAAGUGUUAAAGAGAUCUUGGAGGAUGACAAAACGUUUGGCGCCAGUCUAGAUCCUCACAAUCUGUGUGAGGAGGAUAAGAUAAGAAUAGAUGUUCAGGCUACCAGAAGGAUAUUUGAGAGUCAGUCUGUGAAAACAUCCAGACUAAAUCCAGAUCAGAAGUUCCAGGGGAAAGCUUCUAUUUCUGGGGAUGAGACAGGGGCGGUCCAAAAACAAAGACAGCAGGGUAGAGAAGAGAAUCUACACAUUGAAAACAAAAGCAAUGCAUGUACCAAAAGUCUUGAUUUGACAGAUCAGCUCCAUAAACAAGGUCCAUGUGUUCAUAUCAUUGGUCAAAGCACUGACCACUCGUUUUCUGGCAGGGAAGAGGUCUCUACGGGUGAGACACUCUUUGAGGAUGAGCAUAUAAGCCUUCCUGAUGCAGAGAAACUAAUCAAAACGAGUGCAGCUCUUUUUGAAAACAAUCCAUUUAUCCAAACAAACAUAGAAAGAGAGCAUUCCUAUGUGCAUACUUCAAAAUCCCAAAGCCCAGCAGGAGACAGUGGAGCAGCUCAGGACUACCCAAUAGCCAAUGUCAAGAACAGAGCCAAUUUGUUUGAAUCAAUGCCGUUUGACAAAAUUAAGCAUCAGAACAAGGAAGAGGUUGAGACGAUGGUGGAGAACAUCAAGGAAACACUUAAUUCCCUUUAUCACGUUAAUGCCAUACAUUCAGGCGGCUCAAUCAUUGAGGUGAAUGAGACGAUGAUAGCUAAAAAGGCCAAAUUCACACUGACAUCAGAGAGUGGGCCAAAGAUAAAUUAUGAUGAGGUGGCUGAAGGUGGUGCACAAAACCUCAUACUCCAGUUGCUACCACGCACAAACCUAAAGCGGGAGAUCAUUUACCUAAAGGAGGAUAGCAAAGGCGGUAUGGAGGCAACAGUGGUGAAUGUACCUGUGCACCAGCAUCACUUCCAUACCAACCAAGACACAGAGUUUAAAACUGCCAAUGUGGUUCAGGUUGUUGAGGAUAUUCUCAAUCAAGAUAACUCUCUGCGGAAAGGAGUGAUAAUCCAGGAGGAUGUGGACAGAUGUGCUGAAGUCACUGUUUACUCCCUCUUCAGUUAUUUUGAUGAGGAAGACGUGAAAAGUUACUAUCCUACACAAGAUGCAGUGUAUGAUGAACCAGAGCCAGAAAGAGUUGAUGUGAGUAAAACAGACAAUCAAGGACUAAGAAAAGGUGCUGUUGAAUCAACCAUAAGCUGCCUUCUAGAAACUUCUAAAGACCAACCCUGCCAGGGAUCAAUAAGGCCUGAAAUCACAACGAAAGGCAAUGUAAAACUGUUCAAGAGUUGUAUUGAAACGGGAGAUUUGGAGUACUUGAAAAGUCUUCAGGCUGAGGCAACAGUGCAAGAACAAGAGCCCCUCUACCAAAAUGUGGCUGGACAAGGCAUGGAGCUUCAUCAUGAACAGAGAGGUGAUCAGGCAGAGGAGAAUACUUCAGAAUGGGUCCCAGUGGAUAUAAAGAGACUGAAAAACAUUUUCUCUGGAGAUCAAAGACCAACUCAACCAAAACAAAAUCUAUACCAAAAUCUUGCCCAAUCUACCACCAUUUCUUGUGCAGUCAAAGGUCAAAAUGUGACACUUCAAAAGAGCCAGUCCUCUACAGAAAGCAAUGUUGGGGUAUUCUCCCACAAGCAACUGAACAAAACCUUUAGCGAGAGUGGUGCCCACAUGGAAAAGGAGGCUUGCCACUCUACAGUUGCACCACAGGGAUCAUACCUGUAUCUCGAGACACAGGACGAUGACAGGGUCCACCAGGCUGAAUUAGUCGAGGUGGUGGAUGACAAUGAUGAGAUCUCUAACCUCCAAACUGCGAUACAUAGUCUCCAACAGGCCACAAUCGAGGCUAAAUCUUUGCAUCCGUCAUCACAAGAAAAAAAGCAGUUCCUUGUUCAAGAAUCAUCGAAGGAACCUGUUGUCUCAGUUACAGCAGGUAAUGUCAAACAGUCAACAGAAGCAAAACUACCGCAAGAAACUGAGGACCAAAAAGAGGACCAAUGCCUGAAGCCAAGUUGGGAUGAAGUCCCAUCGGCCAAUUACAUCACCUCAGAACAUAAAUCCGGCCGCCGACAUGAGAAUACAGAGACUUGUGAUAAAGACAUUAAUUCUGAAAACGAACAAACUACUGACGUAUGCAGCAAAAGCUCAGAAACAACAGCUGAACAGGCAGAGGAUGAGGAAGCUGUUUUUCAGGGUAAACUUCAAGCAGCUCUGAAUUCCCUGGAGAGAUCCAACAUUAAUGUCAGUCGAGGUGAUUUCAGAGCAGCUAUGAUAUACAGAAACUCUUCCAAGCCUCACAAAGAAAGAUCGCAUGCAGUGUCUAGUCAAGAGACCACUGAGGAGGAGCUUUGCCCCAUGACUGACCCUAAAUCAACUCAAGCACCACUGAGACAAGAGGUCUCCAAAGAACAAGAGACCCCAGCCAAUGCAGAACUCCCAAGCCAAAGUGAAACGUUAAAUAAACCAGCCAUCUCAAAGAAAAGCAAAAGGCCUGUUGGUCAAAAACCAGCCAUCCCGCCUAAACCUGAGCAUUUGAAAGUGAAACAAAGAGAUAUUCAAUCAGUCAAGGAUGAACAUGAGCAAGAUCUGUACAGGAAUAACAGUAAUACAAACUCAGGACCUGAUUUAGUGAAUACUCAAGGAAAUGAGCUUUUUAAUGAAGCUAUGCCAAUGUCUCAGGAAAUUGAAGUGAGACAUCAAGUCCAAGGUUCAGUUGUUACCUUGGAAAGUGAUUCCACAGAUCAGAAUACCAAUAAUCAACACCAGGAGAUAACCGUCACAGCAGAAGAGAAAAAAACCCAGGAUUUCCCAAUCAAAGAGAAUAUGAAUGAAAAGGAUGAAAGCCAUGUAGAUUUUCACGAAGCAUGCAAGAAAUUUGGAGGAAAAAAGGUGUUUCCAGUUAAGAAUGCUCCUGUAAAGCCAAAAAGAGUCAAAAUUGCCCAGCCUGACAACAAAAACCCAAAACACAUGUCUGGAGAUAAUAAUUCCUCUACUCUUGAUCAUGUGGUUGAGGAACCACAACUAACUCUUACUGGCCCACCACACAAUAACCCAAACACUGACAGCACAGACAGAAACGAAAAAGAGAUGAAACAAGAAAGCAAAGUUGAGAUGAGGGAAAAGAAAGGACGAACGGAGACAGAGUACGAACGCCGACAGCGUCUGUCAGUUCACAUGGAUGAGAUCAUGAGAGGGAACAUAACGGCAGCCAUGGAAAUUUUUGACAACUUGCGAAAGCAGGAGGAGCUGCAGAGCAUUCUCAGUCGAGUUGAAGAGAUUGAAAAGGACACGAGCGAGGUUGACGUAAGGUCUCUGAGGGGAGUAUUUGAGAACGUCCCCGACUGGGUUGUCAGCUCUGAAAAAAAGAAACAAAAAAAAGUAAAUGUACAAAACAAAGAAGAGAGGAUGCCAUUAACGAGAGACGCGGAAAGCAAGUCGUCAAUGGCACAUGUUUUUGGAGAUCUUGAGCGAGCCAGUGAGGAAAUCAUGAAUCUAAAAGAACAGACUUUAGCCAGACUCAUGGACAUAGAGGAAGCCAUAAAGAAGGCUCUUUAUUCUGUCUCUACUUUGAAAUCUGACUCAGAUAUUGCUGGUUUAUCAUGCCUGUUCAAAGAAUCAUUAGGGACAGCGCAAGGAUCCCCAUCCUCUGGUAACAUUAGCAAAAUUAGCAUCGGCUCAAGCAGAACAAAAUCACUGCAGACGCAGGGAAGCCCCACAGCACAGGCAAACACAGCUUGGCCAGAUACCAAGAGAGCUAGCACUGAAGAAGCCUCUGCAAAGCAACGAGCAAGUCCUCCAUCUUCACCUGCCUUCAUUUCCAUCCAGUCAGCUGUUAAAAAGAAAGAUAAAACAGAGGCGCUUCCACCAGAGACCACAAUCUGCCCGACAUGUCACCACAGUCCAAAGACGGGGGAGAAGUUCCGCACGACAAAAACUCUGACAUGCAACAGCCCUGCUCAAAACAGAAGAGGGGACCCCAGAAAAGGAGGUCAAAAACAAUCCUCUUACAGCCCCCUUACCCCUAAACGAGAGCUCAGUGUGCUCGAGGUGCAUAGUGACCGUGAGGUAAACAGCAUUAUGGGCACCAAAACGGUCACAGAGAACUAUGAGAGGACUGAUAGCCUUGGAAACCGGUUUUACUCUUCCAAAACCUCCACUGUUGUCGCUGCUCAGCCAGAAACGACAACAUCCACGAGUCAAGCAGCGGUCAGUCCGGCUACGUAUCAGGUCACCAAGUACCCAGAAGUUCGGCUACCAAUCAAUCGGAAACCCUAAAUAAUUCACAGACAGGUGCAGUUUGUGACAGAGUAGCUAAGUGUUGGACGUGUUUUACAUUUUUCGAAUUAUAAAGUUAUGUACAUAAUUUGAUUUGCUUGGUUAUGAAUUAUGUUGUUCAUUACUGCUUGUUUAUUUAUAAGAGGUUAUCAUUAGUUUAAGAUCUUAUUGAUGUUUGAGGAUUUAUUUUUAGCUUGCAGUCUCUAUACUGUUGAAUUUGCAUUUGAAAUGAAAUAUACAUUAUUGGUUUUCAUUGAUGCUUUUGUGUUUGUUGUUAUUAAUCCUUAUUAUUGUCGAAAUCUUUCAGUUUCAACCAGCCCGUCGAGAGAUGUGU